AUGAACGUACCACUGAUUUUACUGAAAGAAGGAACAGAAUCGAAACAAGGGAAGCAGCAAAUAAUCGCAAACAUAAGCGCAUGCAGUGUUGUUGCUGACAGUAUUCGAACAACUCUUGGUCCUAGAGGAAUGGAUAAACUCAUUGUUGACAGCAAAGGACAUACAUCUAUUUCCAACGAUGGCGCCACUAUCUUAAAGCUUCUCGAUAUCGUCUUUCCAGCGGCUCAAAUUAUGGUGGAUAUUGCUAAAAGUCAAGAUGCUGAAGUUGGUGAUGGCACAACAUCUGUGGUAAUUUUGGCGGCUGAAUUUUUGAAACGUGCGAAACCAUUCGUUGAUGACGGCAUCAGUCCUCAAUUAAUCAUUCGUGCAUUCACGAAGGCUUGCACUGAGGCUAAAAAGCGGUUAAUGGAAAUAGCUGUUCGUGUCAAAGACAAUGGUAGUACUCGUGGAAUGUUAGUCCGUUGUGCGAUGACAAGUCUUAGUAGUAAAUUGGUUCGCCAAGAACGGCAAUUUUUUGCUGAAAUGGUUGUUGAUGCGGUCGCUUGUCUGGAUGAAAAUCUACCAAUUAAUAUGAUUGGUAUUAAAAAAGUUAGCGGAGGCUCAUUGUCGGAUUCAAUGCUUGUAAAAGGAAUUGCUUUUAAAAAAGCAUUUAGUUAUGCCGGAUUUGAAAUGCAGCCGAAACAUUACAGAAAUCCUGCAAUAGCAUUAUUAAAUAUUGAACUUGAAUUGAAAGCAGAAAAGGACAAUGCUGAGAUGAGGAUUUCGAAUGUUGAAGAGUAUCAAAAGAUUGUUGAUGCUGAAUGGAAUAUUCUAUAUGAAAAAUUGCGAAAAAUACAUGAAAGUGGUGCUGUUGUUAUUAUAUCGAGUUUGCCUAUUGGUGAUGUUGCAACGCAGUGGUUUGCUGAUAGAGAUAUGUUCUGCGCUGGCCGUGUAGAGCUAGGAGAUUUGGAUAGAUUAAUGGCGGCAGUUGGUGGUUCUGUCUUAACUACCGUUAAUCAAAUCAGUGGAAGUGUUUUGGGAAGAUGUGAAGAGUUUUAUGAACAACAAGUAGGAAAUGAAAGGUACAACUUCUUCAUUGGUGGUUCUCGCUCAAAAUCUUGUACUUUGAUCUUGCGAGGUGGUGCAGAACAGUUUAUUGCCGAAACCGAAAGGUCACUGCAUGACAUCAUCAUGAUCGUACGAAGAGCGAUGAAAAAUGAUCUUGUUGUUGCUGGAGGAGGCGCCAUUGAAAUGGAGCUGUCACGACAUUUAAGGGAUGUGUCAAAAGCUAUUGCCGGUAAAGAACAGUUCUUUUGGCAAGCAUAUGCGAGAGCAUUUGAGGUAAUUCCUCAACAGUUAUGCUAUAAUGCUGGUAUCGAUGCUACAGAUAUAUUGAAUAUUUUGCGACAUAAACAUGCGAAGGGAGAAUUAUGGGCAGGGAUUGAUAUUAAUGCAGAAACAGUUAAGGAUAAUCUUGAAGAAUGCAUCUGGGAACCGGCUGUCGUCAAAAUGAAUGCAAUAACGGCUGCAACAGAAGCUGCAUGUUUAGUACUUAGUGUUGAUCAAACAGUGAAAAAUCCACGAACUCCUAGCGGUGGGUCGAUGCCUGGGUUGGAAUAA